AUGCUUGGAGGAGAUCAGGGAUUUAUUUGUUCACAGUUGGAAGGGGUCGGAGAGAAGAAGAAGGAGAAGAAGGAAGAAGGAAGGAAGGAAAAACAAGGACGAGAAUUUCUCAUACCUCUCCUCGUUAGGAUAUACAUCACACCACACCACACCUCAUCGCAGCACACCACAGCACAGCACAGCACAACACAGCACAGACACGAGCGCUGGGUCCAGAAUGUGCCAUCCGACAAAAUAAACAUCAUCUAA